GGUGGCGGGGGAUGGGGGGGGCUCCAGGCUCUUCCGAGCGGCGGCUCUUCCAGCGCGGUCCGUUCGCACGGGGGCUGGGUUUGGGGCCGGCGGCGGAGGCGGGGGUACUAACGAUGAGCCGCCGAGCCCGCCGAGACUUCUUCCCAGAUGAAAAUCUCAGCAGGAAGAAUUCCCCGUCUGCUUCUCUUGGAGAGGAUGAAGACCCUGAGGAAAAGGUUGACCAUGGCCCACCACCUAAACCCCCACGCCGGCAAGGAGGCUGGGCAGAUGAUCCUGUAGCAGCAACUACCAAGUCAGGAAGAAAACAUGCAGAAGAAGUAGAAGACCAUCGUCUCAGACAGCAGAGCUUGGAGGCAUCAGAUGAUGGAGGAGACAUUCCCGUGAUCCCUGACUUGGAGGAACUCCAGGAGGAAGAUCUGGCCACGCAAGUGGCAGCUCCUCCCAGUGUGCAGGUGAACCGAGUGCUGACCUACCAUGACCUGGACAAAGAUCUUAUGAAAUAUGCCGCCUUUCAGACUCUGGAUGGAGAGGUUGACCUGAAGCUUCUCACCAAAGUUUUGGCUCCAGAGCAUGAACUACGAGAGGAUGAUGUCAGCUGGAAUUGGGACCAUCUCUUCACAGAGGUGUCCUCAGAGCUAGUGACUGAAUGGGACCUGGGGCAAUCUGAGAGAGAGGACCAUCUCAGUCUGCCCUAGAACACUGGCACGCCAGACAUCUCAUACAUGAAUCCCCUGUAAAUAGUUUAGCACUUUAUUUUCUAUUCACUUCUUUGUAUUUGAGAAUUUAUUUCAGACCUGAAAAUAAAUAGGAUCUUGCUUCAUGGGAAAACUGGCUUGGGAGAAGUUUCGGGUAUUUUUUAUUAAAAAAACUUUGUUCUCAAAAGAGAUGUAAGAAUUCUAAACACAAUAAAAGAUUUACUUAUUUA